GUCUUACUAAAUGAGGGACGCUAAGAUUACAGGAGAGAAUCCGAACUCAGAUUUCUCCUACACUGUUAACGAAAACCCUUUAUCAUCAUAUUCAGCGCGACGUCGUGUAAGCCUUGGUGCUCUGUCUUAAACUGAAAUUGAAACAGAACCAACGCCGAGGAAGAAGAUGUUAGAUCGAGAAGAAUCCGCUAGGCUAUUGGCAAUCCUGCAAGUGGACCAAAAGCCCUUGGAGGAGAUUUUAUCCGAUUUCAUAUCCGUAUUCCCACGCCAGCGCCACUUUGCUAUCUGCUACUCUCUUUUUCUUUUGCUAGAAGAUAAAAAGGCGCUGAAUGCAACCGAACGUUUAGUUGCAUUUUCAAUUCUACAUCAGGCUUAUACUUCCCAAAUAUCUUCUGCCAACCCAUUUAUAUCUUUAAUAAUAAAUGCUGCAUGUGAUGAUAAAGCUGAAAAGUAUGAGAGAGCAUUUAUUCUCCAGUUGUUAGACACUGGGAGCUCCAGUAGUAGUAAAGAGUUUCUUAAACAGUCAGUUGCAGACUACAUCAAAGGUUUUGAUCCUUCAUCUCAUUCUUUUCCCGAACGAGAACAGUUGCAGCUGAAGUAUUGUGAUAAAGUACAUCUGGAACCAUACAAUUCUCAAUAUAAAAGUGCUGCUGUGAAAAAUGUAUUGCCAGACCCUGAUGUACCCCGUGGUUGUGAUGCAACUUCACUAGGGUUUGAUGUGCAAGCUGGAGUCAAACCUAAACUUGGAGCUGGGGAUCGAGAUGAGGCUGUAACUGAAUUGUUGGCGAAUCUUUCAUUCAAAGGCCUAGGUCCUAGAUGGAUCAGGCCUCUUCCACCAAGGUUCCCUGUUCUGGAUUGGGAGCUUGAGUGGCUUAUUCCUGAUAACAAUCAUGAGCUUGUUUGGGAUCAUGGUAUGUGUGCUGAUACUAGCAGAGGAACUGCAGUUAGGGAUCUGAUUGCUAAAGCUUUAAAAGGACCCCUACUGCCUGCACAAUAUGAGCAAGUUGUAGUUGAGUUGGCAAAUGAUCCAAAGCUUGUAUAUCACUGUGGACUGACACGCAGGAAACUACCAGAGUUGGUGGAAAACAAUCCGCUGAUUGCAGUCGGUGUUCUUACGAAGUUAUUAAAUUCACCUGAAAUUUCUGAGUAUUAUACAGUUCUUGUUAAUAUGGAUAUGAGUCUACAUUCGAUGGAAGUUGUAAACAGGCUUACAACAGCUGUUGAACUUCCGAAGGAAUUUGUCCACAUGUAUAUAACCAACUGUAUAUCAUCUUGUCAGAACAUCAAGGAUAAGUACAUGCAGAACAGACUGGUACGGCUUGUCUGUGUUUUCUUACAGAGUCUAAUCCGAAAUAGAAUUAUUGAUGUUAAAGAUCUUUUCAUCGAAGUUCAAGCUUUUUGCAUUGAGUUCUCACGAAUUAGAGAAGCAGCCGCAUUAUUUAGGCUUCUUAAGAACUUGGGGUUUGAAGCCUAAAUUCAGAAAUGGCCCUACUGCUGUAUCUCAUUUCUGUUCAUUUUCGGGUUUGUAGAUAAAAUAAAAUAACAUUGGUAUUUGAGUUGUAGUCAGGUUUGACAGUUAAGGAAUCCAAUACAGUGGGCUAUUUAUGCAAUAAGAUGAUAAAUUCAGUGUA